UGUCUGAAUCGAAAGUUCACAAAAAUCCUUCUAUCGUCACACUUUUGACAAAUGUGAACUCAAUUGUUGAUCAACAACAGGAGGAAAGGAAAGGAAGGAACCGCCCAUUCUCAUCAACAACUGGUCAUGAAAAGACAGCCAUGAAUUAAAAUAUUUUGCUGGAUAAUGGACUAUGAAUUAAAAAUUUCACCCAAUCUAAUACUAGUCCUUUUUCAUACAGAAAAAACAUUUCUUCCAAUAUUUUGUCCCUGGUUAAUUCUUCUAGAGGCAAAUUGCGCUACAUAGUACAUGGUUGUGAUACUGUAGCACGGUUGAAUCAUAAAAAAAUGGUUUAUUGUAAAUUAGAUUGGUACAGUACACAUACACAGGAAGAAGUUAUUGGUGGGUACAACAUGGUUAGAACAAUAUACUGAACAUUUUUCGAUUUUGUUUAAUAUUAUUUCAAUGAAUUACUGAUUGAAUAUACUAUUAUAUCCUAAUAUUAACUUUUAAGGAAGGUAUCCAAGACGCUAGCUAUUGGUUAAUACAUAUAUUUUUUUAACCAAAGAUCGUUGGCCUUACGAAGAAAAAUAUAGAAACAACGUUUACAACUGCAUUCAGAGUCAAAUGCAACAACUUAAACCACUUAGAUCAAGCCGACGCUUCAUCUUUUCGUGGAAAAAAUUAGAAAUAGGAAUAGAAAAUUUAUAUAUAAGAAAAGAAGAGGAAAGAAAUGUGAAUGAAAAUUAAAACAAACGACACAAAAAGAAGGCUACAUAAGGCAGAGACGUAUGUUAAUGCAGGCAGUGUUAUGUUAAACAGAAGGAAAAAGUCCAAAGUGACUUACCUUGGAAUACAAGUCACUCCGAUUCCACUUGUCUUGUGUACAAACUACAAACCACAAACAGCUGUUGUUCUAGAACUCAAAUUAAUUAACAAGGUUUAUAAGUGUGUUUUUGGAAUGAAUUAAGCUAGGCAAUUAUAAGGACGUCAGAGUCAAAAACCUUAUUACCUGUUUGAUGCCUGUCGUUAUUCUGAAAGGCGACACUAGUCCAUAAAAUGGUGGAUCGUGACGACGAAACAGUAGUUUAUACAGCCUAACCCUAAGAAUUAUCAACUAAUGAAAGAAAUACACACUACUUAAAAACUUCUUGAACUUGCCAACCGUCAGGGUCAGGCCAGCAAUGGCGCUGUUGAGUUUUCCAUGUCGAAUUAUUAGGUGCCUAGGUGUGGAUGAGCAAUGUGCCGGUUAAUAAUCAAAUUCAUCUAAUUAUACUCAUUUAAUAUGUGUUUGGGUGGAUAUGGUGGAUGAGUGUGAGUUAUUUUUUAGGUGGAUAAAGUUUGAAUGGAUAAUCGGUGGAUCUUUGACUUGCAAAAUUACCUGAUAUUAUGUCACUAAUCUACGUUUUAUAAUAAUACAUCGCUCUUUUUUUGUUCCAAAUAUAACUGGUGAUUGAUUCAAUUGAAUGAUAAUCAUUUUCAUAAAUUUUGCUUGAGACACAAAAAAAAAAAGGCCAGACUGGUGUACUCCUAUACUCCAGGUACUCAUAGUGAGAUAUCUCUAUCUAAACCAUGAAUUAAAUCAAGUUUGGGGUAUGAUACUAUACUCUAAGCUCUAAUGGAUAAAUCACAGGCCCCCGAUUCUCUAAACUCAAACCCGAAGUUCAAUUUAAUACAAAAUAUUAGUUGACCGUUGAUAUUAGUCGGAGCUUAGAAAAAGAUAUCUAACGGUCAUAUCACACGGAGUAUGGUAUACUUCUCAAGUACACUAGUCAUUAAAAAAAAGUAUAUGUCAAUGAUUUAAAAAUAUGAUAACUAUUCAUAAAAUGUUCCCUUGUUCACAAAUGACAUGUUGAUGGUUACAUGCUGCAAUAAACUACUCUUAAUGGUUAUCAAUUUUCUUGCAUUUUGUAGUUUUGAUAUUCAAUUAACUUGAUGUAAACUUUUAUGAACCUUAAUAAUCUUAUUAAUUAGAACACCAAAACCGUCAAAAUAACUCACUAUCCAUCAUCCACCCAAUCCACCCAUUAUUGUACAAAUAGGUGUGGAUGGUAAAUUUGAAUCUAAAAAACGUCCAAACUCACUCAUUACUCAUCCCUAUAUGUCAUCCAACAACACAAUAGCUCCCUUUUUUCCUUCCAUAUCUCCUUCGUAUUAUUUUUAAUCACACCCUAUUAUGCUCAUGGUUUAAAUAUCGCUAACCCUUAAUAUAAAUUCAUUUCUUCACCGAAAAAAAGUUUGCAUAUACUUGGUUCCCCUACCCACUCAAACCCAACACAUAAAAGAGCACAUUUCUGAUACAGUCAUCUAGAAGAAGGGAUUGCUUUUCCAGUUUUCCACCUCAACAAACAAACCACCAAAGAGACAAUGAAGGAAGGCAUAGCAGUCAACUCCAUCACCCUCCUUGUUUCCUCCCAAACUCUUUGAGCCCGUCCUCCCACCUCCCCUUUUUAACUGCGUUUCCAAGGGAGAUUUUGUUUUUGUCACCUCCUCUCUCUGUUCUUCUGUUCCUAUUUAUCAUACAAACACACCAACAACAAAACAAACUAGCUAGACACCAUCAAUUACAAAGCCCACAUCACCUUCCUUCUCCCUUGUUCUCUUGAUACCUCUGAUAUCCCCACCCAACAGUUCAUGGCAGCUGUUUCAAAGAUGGAGGAGACCAUGAACCUUCUCCACCAACCUUCUUCAUAUGAUUCAGAAGAAGAGGAGGAGGAAGAAACCCUUUCGCUCCGCGAUCUCCCCUUAACCACAGCCAGCACCAGCAGCAGCAGAAGUAUUGCCUGGAAUGAUGAACAAGGCGAUCGUGAUCGUGAUCGUGAUCAUCAUGACUAUGAUCAGGAUGUGUUCGAGUUCUUCAGUGGAGACUUCAAUCCUUCUUCCUCUACUACUUCACAUGAUGAAGCAAAAGAGGAGAAGGAAAGUAUAAUCUUCUGUGGGAAGAUCAUCCCACACAGGAAACCUGAUCAUCAGGGGAACAACAACAACAGCAGCAACAACCCAGAGGAAACGAGCUUCAAAGAAGGGGUUUUUGACAGUAAGAAUAGCUUCAAUAGGAGGAGAUCAUCGUCCCACAAUGAACCAAGACCAGCAGAAUAUUAUUCCAAUCGCCAGCAAGUGAAAAGGUUAUGGUCAUUACCACUGUCAUUCUCACCCCGUCCAUCACCACAGCUACCAUCAGCAGCAGCCAGAGUGCCUUCGACGAUGAAAUCGAGGUGGUAUGUGCUUGCUUUUGGAGCAGGGAAGGUCCCCGUGAAGAUGGAGCUCAAUGAUAUGAAGUUCAGGCAGAGCAAGAAGAUGAGCAGCAGUACCAAGUCCGACGAUGAUGGAAGGAAUAAUCAAGAAGUGGCGAAGAAGGUCGUCGACAGGAGUAGGAACAAGAAGGGUUCCUGGCCAGGGUUGCUUGGGGUUUUGGGUUGCAGUGGGGAACAAGGCAGUAGUAUGGUUAAAGCCUCAUUCGCCUGCGUGCCAUUACCAUCUGUGUGAGUUCUUGUUAACUUUUAGAACAUAGUUCAGAUGAUUAUGCUGAAAGACGGUAGAGCAAUUUUCGACAUAGAGAGUUCGUCUGCAAUUCAUGUUUGCUGAUGAUAUUGAGAGAGCCCAGAUGAUGAUCAAAGUUGCUAGAGGAAACGAUGUAAAUGGACAAAUACUUCUAGUACAGUAGCAGUUAAUUAUUUGUUUAUUAAAGCAGGUUGAUGAAA